AUGUCCCUAAUACUGCCUGAAGGCUAUGACAUUUACUUGAUAACUGAAAUCGGGGAAGAAUUGGACGCAGAAGAGAGCUUGGAGCUGCUGGACUUCUCACCGGAAAGUCUGUUCGAGGAAAUUCGCGCCAAGUCACGGAAAAUGAUCUUUUCGCUUGAUCCACGAAGGAAAAGACCAGUUGCGAAGUCGUUUGACACACGAGAAGCCUUUUCGACGUCUUCUUUCGCCUCCUCCAGAUCCGCCUUCACUCCGGUCAUCAGCACUAGCUCCAUCCCAGAGCCUUGCGUCGCUUUGACGUCUUCUGCCGCUUCUGAUUCUGCGACGAGCGCUCUGCGCGAAGUUUCCCAGAAAGUUCAGUCUUUUCCGUGCCCUUCAUCGCCAGAACUUUUCUAUCCAGGGACUCUUCACAAAACUAGUCAGGUACUUUCUAUUAAAAGUGUGUCUCUGUUAUUUUUUUCAUGUACAAAAAAGCUGCCAUACUCAAAAAAAAGAUAUGAACGAGAAAAAAAAUCAGACUUUUUGAUAGCUUCGAUUAUUUAAUAACCUUCAGAUAUUUUUCAGCACUAUGGUUCAAGAAACCCUCCUUCAACUCUUUUCUACACUUCUCUAUCAACGUCCUCGAGCUCAAAAUCAUCCUCUGAAAGUGACGAAUUUGAAGAAAAAGAUAGCCUACAAGAAUAUCCGCAAGUUCGGGAAAGACCCCUGGAAACGGAAGAGGAGCCUUGCUGCAGGAAAACCGUUGUAAGUUUCUCUCAAAUUCUUGGAAGUUCGAAUAUCGAAAGGUAUUUUGAAAAGAAGGAAGAGUGACAAGAGCGAAUUUCAGAAGGUGGGAUUGGGAGCGAACGCGAGAAGGUUGUACAUGAGGGAGUACAUGCCGGAGCAUGUGAUAGUUCUGCGGAGCAACAGCUCCAAGGAGCGGAUGGUGAACGUCUUGAGAGAAAUGUUCCCGCAUAUCCGCGGCUACGUUUCCGUCAUGGUGAGUAUCCCGCUUUUGUAAAAAUGAAGAUGUUUUUCAGCGUCUUCACAAUGUGAAAAGCAGAUAA